UGACAUUGUCAGAUAUAAUACGAGAUUUUUUGGCGAUAAUACAAAAUUUUUGUGAAAUUUUAAAUAGCUCAAAAUUUCUAGUUUGCUAUAAGUUGUAAAUUAUGGAAUCAGUGACUAUGGAUACUAAAAAUUUUACAUGGUACAGAGACGAAGCAAAAUGGACAAAAAUUAUAAUUCCAAGUGGCACAAUGGAUCCCAAUCAAUCUACCGUAAUACAAAUUCCUGAAGAUCUUCAACAUAACGAAGUUAUCAUAGCAAGAAAUGCUCAGGGUCAAGAUAAUGGAGGGGAACAAUCUAAUGAGCAGUAUAACGACCAACAACAGUUUAGACCAUGUCCUGCAGUAUCAAGAGAGCAGGAAAAUUUUGAACCCUCUUUUGAGCAAGAACCUCAAGUGAAUUAUCAAAAUGGUCCAACUCAGAGGGCAUCAACGCAACCACCACAAGGACAAUAUCAGUCUCAGAAUGGCCCAUUAGAACAAGAAGAUCCAGAAUGUGACAACAUGUUGGAAUUGACCACCGAAAAGGAAGCUGAAAUUCUAUCUCUUAUAAAAGAAACCGAUAGAGAAAGAGGAAGACUUUAUGUGCUACCGAUUAACAAAAAGAUACGUUUGAUGGAACAAAUGGAAUAUAUUGAGACAGGUGUCGUCAGAAGAGAUCUUAAAGAAUUCCAAGAAACCAGAAGAAAGCUGGUUUUUGAUUUACAGAGUCUCCUAUCAACUCUGCCUAAUGUGAGGCAAACUGUCAGAGCUAUUGAUGUAAGAGACGUGAAAUAAAUUAUUGAUGUCUACCUAGCACUUGUGAGUACAUAAAAUAUUAUAGAAAAUGAAGUAAAUAUAUUGCUGUCGAAAUUUUCAUGAUAUGGGUACCAAAUGUGUCCGCAGAGUGUUAUGUUAACAAAAGAAUCAUUUGUAAUAAAGAAACUGAAAAUAUAUAAUAUGUUUUAUACUAUAA